AUGUUUGACCAGAUAGCAAUAUUAUUAAAUUACUUAUACUCAUUUAGUCUCAAUAGUUCAUUUUCCCCCAUGCGCCAUGAUACCAAAGGUUACUCUAUUAUUUAUAAUAUUAAUAUUAUUUGUGAGUUGUUACUUCGUGACGAAGAAAUGGAAAAUGAGUCACUUACGAACAUUAUUCCAAAAAAAAGAAAACCUUUUAACAGUUUGUUUUCCACGAGGAACUCUGAAGGAUUCUUUAAAAGUUUGAUUGGUGGACAUCUUAUUAACGACGAUGAACAAUUUCGGGAAUUUUUUCGUCUAAAUCGUAAACAGUUCAAUUUUAUUUUAUCUUUGGUUCAAGAAGUAAUGACAAAGAAACCGACAUAA